AUGAAUAUCAAUAGUUGGAAUGUUAGGGGAUUGAAUGAUCCCAUUAAAGUAGUUGAAAUAAAGAAGUUUUUGGCUAAUAAUAACAUUAGUGUUGUUUCUUUGUUAGAAACUAAAGUUCAGGAGAAGAAUAGUAGUAAAAUUCAGAAGAAAAUAGGGAAUGGGUGGCAGUGGAUUAUGAACUAUGAGUGUUCUCCUAGGGGAAGGGUUUGGCUUGGCUGGAAGCAUGCUUUGUUUUCAGUUCAGCUUCUUCACAAAUCUGAGUUCUGUAUUCACUGUACUGUUUCUACAAAAAAUGGCCUUUUUAGUGCUAACUUUACAGCUGUGUAUGGUGUGCACACUGUCGAUACUAGAAGACCUAUGUGGAGAGAGAUUACCAACUUCAAUAGUACUGUUUCUUGCCCUUGGCUAGUCAUGGGUGACUUUAAUGCAGUUUUAUUAGCUACUGAUAGGGUUAAUGGCAAUGCAGUCACUGAGGGAGAAACUAAAUACUUUGAUAGUUGUAUGGAUUCUGCAGGAUUGGCUGAGCUUAAGAGUUAUGGAAGGAUUUCUGAUCAUUCCCCUCUAGUUAUGUCAUGUAAUAUUCAAUUGGGAGGUGGUAGUAGGCCAUUUAAAUUCUUUAAUUAUAUGGCAGAUCAUGCUCAGUUUCUGGAUGUGCUUAGAAAGGGAUGGGAUGUUUCCUGUCCAAGGAGUGGAUCCAUGCUGAAGGUAUGGACUAAGCUGAAAGCAGUAAAGCAAGGCUUGAAGGAGCUUCAUCACAAGGAUUUUGCUAAGCUUGAUGAGAGAAUUGGGGGGUUAAGGGAUGAUUUGUGUCAAAUCCUGACUCAGUUAGCCUCUUGCCCUACUGAUAGUGCUGUGCAACAGAGUGAGAGGGAGUGUAGUGAGACUCUCAAGAAGUUCCUGCAUAUUCAGGAAAGUGCCUAUAGACAGAAAGCAAUAAUUCAGUGGUUCCAAGUGGGAGAUUCUAAUUCUAAAUUCUUUUUUAGUGCAAUAAAGGAGAGGUUAGCUAAAAAUAGUAUUGAUAUACUAUAUGAUGAUACUGGAAAGAAGUUAAGUACUACUCAGGAAAUUCAGGAGGAAGUUAGCUCAUUCUAUAAGAAUUUGAUUGGUACUGCAGCUAGUUCCUUGACUGGUGUGGAUGUUGGGGUGGUUAGGAAAGGGAAAAAACUUUCUGCUGCUAAUGCAGAAAUGCUGGUGGUUCCUAUCUCAGAUACAGAAAUUGAUGCAGCUAUCAAAGGGAUUGACAUCAAUAAAGCUCUUGGGCUGGAUGGGUUCAAUAGUUUGUUUUUCCUUAAAGCUUGGGGGAUUGUAAAAGCAGAUGUCUAA